AUGAAUCCAUUGCCGUCUCUAUCAAACACUUUGAAGGCUUCCCUCAACUCCUCCUCGGCCUCCGAGUCCUUCGUCUUCUUGAGCGACAGUUUGAGGAACUCAUCGAAAGUGACGGAUUCGGUGUCANUGAUCCAAUCGUAUGGCAUGACUAUCAGUGAACAGGAGAUCCGGGAACUCAUCUCAGAGAUGGACACCAAUGACACCGAAUCCGUCACUUUCGAUGAGUUCCUCAAACUGUCGCUCAAGAAGACGAAGGACUCGGAGGCCGAGGAGGAGUUGAGGGAAGCCUUCAAAGUGUUUGAUAGAGACGGCAAUGGAUUCAUAUCUAUCGAUGAUCUCAAACACGCCAUCAAUGGUAUCGACGACCCGUUGACUAACGAAGAGUUUGACGAAAUGGUGAACGAAAUCGAUGGCAACGAUAACCAAGAAAUCAAUUACGAAGAGCUCAUCACUCUUAUGACAUCCGCUCAUCAAUAG